UUAUGAUGAGCAACAUCCCAUACGUCGUGCACGGGCUGAUGCUUGCUAUCGCGCUGUUUGGAAUGGAACUUCACUUCAUUCAUGAAGCUAAAAUGAAGACCUUGCGGGAAUGCGGUGCGAUGGGUGCCGUAACUGCUGGAAAUCAAGAUGAUCAAGAGAGUCACCAGGAGAGAUUACCUCAACAUGCACUUGAAUGCAGCGACUUGAAUCUCCAUUUACCAGAGUUGACGAUGCCUCCGUGGCACGGCGACCACAAUCGUCUGGUCGAGCUUACCACGUACGCUUACAAGAGGAAAUACAACUUUUCAAUCGGCUAUGCCUUCGCCUGGGCCCUCGUCUUUGAAGGGGUCUUCUCCACCGUCUACCAUCUUUGCCCUUCUCGUGCCACCUUUCAGCUCGACACAGCGUUCAUGUUUGUCAUUUGUGGGAUGAUAAUAGUCUCGUUGUUCAAUGGUUCAUCGGAUGUGGUUGGAAGUCACGAUAGAAAACCAAUCGGCAACAAUAACUUUAUUCUUGCUGUGAUAGUGCCUCUUUACCUCUUCAACUAUCUUGGCUUUGUUUACAACGAGUUUAAAAGAAGCUCUUUUUUUGAUGUCGCCUUCAUUGCCCUGUUGGUCAUCUGGUUCAUCGCAAUGACAGUCUGGUCCUUUUAUAAACUUGCCAUCUUCAAGAGCUUUAAGUGUGAGGACUGUAAAUUGUACUUUUUCAAAGUAUUCUUGUUUCUKCUCGCAAUUGGGGCGAAUGUCGUAAUUCUGUUCUUCAUGCGUAAUGAUUUCUCCCAGGCGUUCUUGUUUUCGAGUAUUUUCACUGCCAUGAUCAGCGCGAUUGCAAAAUGUGCAAAAUACAUCAUCAAGYUUCUUACUUACAUCGUCAAGUGUCUUACUUGCCCUUGUUGCUGCAUCAUCAGGUKUAUUUGUUAUUGCUGUUGCCCAGAAAGGUGUCUUAAUUGUUGCUGCCCGGAAGAACAGCAAGUCGAAGAGCAGGAAGGCUUGACUAGGAAAAUCAUUGCACUUCGUGCUAUGUACUUGAUUGGGAUGUUGGCUCCAUURACCGUCUCAGCGGUGUACAUCUUUUUUGUUUAUGCAACAACGCAGAAAACGGACACUCCAGCSCAAUCGCGAAACCUCAACCAAGAAUGUGUUUGGCUUGCCUUUUUUGAUUGGCACGAUAUUUGGCAUUUGCUGUCUUCGUUUGCUUUGCUAAUGGGCGUGUUUCCUCUCAUGUACAUUAGCAAAUGACUGCUUUUAGAAGGAUCUUGCAACUGCAAAUGGCCAAGUGGAUGGAUCAUCAACAUGGAAUCAAAGUAAACAUUCAAUGUAUAACAGKGAUAAUUUAGAAAACAUUUAGCCAAUAGUUAUUCUCUUCUGUACUCCGACGAAGGAUCAAUUGAAGUCCGAAACGUCAGUAAGUUGUUUCACCUACUUUUUUAACGGUGUUAAAUUUAUUUCUUUACAAAACUGUUUCUUUAGAAACACCGAUGAACGCAGUUUUCAUACUAGUUUACCGCUGGCUUGCAAAUUUAGGAGGAAACUUAUUGUGGUAUUUUGUUUCAAUAAUCAAUGCUGAUUUACUGAUAGUUAGGUUACAUGUAAAAUGUUAUAUGCAUAUGAGCGAUGUCAUUGUAAAAGGCACCUAAGCUGCUAAGGUCCCUUUUGGCCGCGCCGCUCUCUACACUACAGAUCAAUGCUCAGGGGCGUAUUCUUUAGGACCUAUUUGCAUUGACAACACUCAUAUGCUAUUGACAUGCUAAUGAACCGAAAUGUCAACAAAUUAUUCAUCUAUUGUUAGUCAUUUAUACUUGCAUGCAACUUAUUACUGAUUUAGMAUGUGAUGUAAUAAAAGCUCUCUGUUCUAGAUCUUAACGAAUAUAGAUAUGGGGAUUGUUCAAAGACAAACGAUUCAGUUGUUUUGCUUUGUUUGUGCCGCACGCUCAGGACGGCCAACUCUUCUUUAUAUUUUUGGGUUUUAAUGACGUCUAUUUUUUUCCUUAU